UUCGAAAUUUUAGUGAAACAGCAUGUCUCUCUACGACAAGGAAGUAAGAUGGGAGAAGAGUGUUCUACUUUGAAAGUGCAGUAUUGGUCGAACGGAGAGAGAUGUUGACAAAGUUUAUGAGAAAAUGGAGGUGGAAGAUACCGUGUACGCAAACGAAAAUCUUAUGACUGUUUCUCAGCUGCUAGAAACGGCUAAUCUCGAUACGCUGCUUACCAACGACAAGUCUAAGAUACAAAGUAAAGAUGAAAUGCUGUGUUGGUACCAUGGCAAGAUUUCUCGUGAGGCUGCGGAAAGGCUGUUGGAGGAGGCUGUUCUGAAAUACCAAGGUCGGAGUGAAGUGAGUGGGCUGUUCCUUGUACGAGACAGCACUGUGUCAAGCACAGAUUUCUCCCUGUCCAUGACAUCUGCAAGCCAGACUUUUCAUUACCAAAUUCAGGAAAAAAAGGAGGGAUACUUCCAUAUUGAUGAUGGACCUAUUAUUCAUGGUUUGGAGUGCCUCAUUUCACAUUAUGCAGAUGCCGCCAAUGGUCUGCCUACAAAUCUUGAGUCUUUCUGUCGAGGUCAGCCCCCACCUGAUGCAGUUCGAAAACUGGGGCACACAAAUCUGCUUCAUCGAGCAAUUGAUGAAGGGAAUACAGAUGUAGCCUGCAAAAUUCUUUCACAUCAUUUAUGUCCAUCAAUAAAUGCCAAAAAUGCUGCAGGCUCCACAGCAUUGCACCUGUCUGCAUACCAUGGGCUGGAUGAUGUGGUUGAUAUGCUUCUGAGAAAAGGUGCUGACAUUACCAUCAAAGAUAUCAACGGCCAUGUUGCUCUUCAUAGGGCAUGUGUGGGACAUAGGGCCAGCACUGUCCGGCUGCUUAUUAAAAGUGGGCAUUGUGAUCCGCAUAUGCGAUGUCCACAGAAUGGCUGGGUUGCACUACAUGAGGCUGCAAUGAGAGGAAAUGUAGAAUGUGUUAAGGCUCUUUUGGAAUUAAAUGCAACUCCAUACCCAAGAAAUGAUGACCGAGAAACUCCUGUGGAUGUGGCAAAGAAGUAUGGAAGACUUGACGUUAUCAAAGUCUUUGAAAAUUACCGUCCUCCAGAAGCAAAAACAAGUAGAAAAGACUGGUUUCAUCCUGAGCUUGAUCGCUUGGGAGCUGUUGAAUUGCUGGAACUGCAUGGUCUGCAGUCUGGAUUAUUUCUGAUCCGGCCAAGCAAGCGACAAGAGGGUUGGCAUGCCUUGAGCCUUUGCUUUCAGCGAAAAGCCUUUCACUAUGAAAUUAAAAACACACACUACAAUGACCUGUUUGUCCACUUCAUUGAUGAUGGGCCUUACCUGCUGUCCCUAGAGGCCCUGGUCCAGCACUAUAGCACGACUUCUGAUGGCCUCCCUUGUACCCUUCGCUUUUCUAUAAACACUUCUCAUCAUUUGGUUGAGAUGCCAAACUUGGAUGACUACUGUAAUGUGGUGUCUCCAUCUUCAGACGAGAAAUACCGACCAAACCUACCUCCCCGACCACCCUCCAUCAAUGAUGAUCAUUCACCUCGCUCUCCAGCCACCCCUCAUACAACUGGACCAGGUGCAGCAGCUGCGAAACCUGUACCUCCAAACCAUCCUCCUCCUGGUGGUCGAACUGCUAGGGCUCAAGAUGCACCAGCAGCACCUGCUCCUGAACAAGAACUCUACAAGAUCAAUACAAAGCACAUCAAGAAAGGUAUUGAAAUCGGGCAAGGCGAGUAUGGUUCAGUGCUAAAAGGCCACCUAACAGAAUAUAAAGGCAAAAAACAAAAGAUUGAUGUAGCUAUCAAGGUAUUUCAUGAUGAGUCAGUGGAAAAUCAGAAGAACUUCCUAGCAGAGGCUCUUGUGAUGCAACAUCUGGAGCACCCAUGUAUUGUCCGGCUACUAGGGGUCUGUCAAGGGCCACCACUAAUGCUGGUGGAAGAGUUCUUACCCAAAGGAUCAAUGCUAGAAUUUCUGCUGGACUACCCAGAACAGGUGCAGGUCAAACCUGACCUGUACCUCUGGGCAGCACAGAUUGCAUCCGGGAUGAUGUACCUGGAACAGAAGCAGUUGGUGCACCGUGACCUGGCUGCAAGGAACAUACUUAUUCAAUCUAAGAAACAGGUGAAAAUUAGUGACUUUGGAUUAUCAAGGGCAACUGGAGCUGGGACAGAUUACUACAAGGCCUCUCAUGGUGGCCGGUGGCCAAUUAAAUGGUAUGCCCCAGAGAGUGUCAACUAUGGUCAUUUCUCCCAUGCGAGUGAUGUGUGGAGCUUUGGUGUGACCUUGUGGGAAAUGUUUAGUUUUGGAGAGUCACCUUAUGGAGACAAGAAAGGUGUUGAGGUGGUGGAUUUUAUUGAACGUGGCAAACGGCUUCCUCAACCAGAAAAAUGCCCAGACACUGUCUACAAACAGAUGCUCAGAUGCUGGCAAGCCAAGCCAGAGCAUCGUCCUACUUUCCGGGAGCUCAAUCAACAUUUUGAGGAGGAUCCACUGUAUGCUGAUGCAAGAGCAAUCAUGAGAGGGAGAGAAUCUUGAAGACUGGCAUUGAUUACUAGUUGAUGUUUAAUGAAGGAAUUAAAUUUUUUGCACACAUGUGUGUGUGGGCGAUGUUUGUUGUGGGUGUGCACUUGCAUGCUUGCAUGCAUAAACGUGCACUUAAUUUUGGUAGCUGCCUCUCAUUGAUUGAGACAGGGAAAGGUUUUUCACCGGCAGUUAUUAUUUUCUGAUGUGAAAGUGUCAAUAUGGCCUCUGCUGUACUGUGUUCAACUGUUGUGUGUUAAUUUGCUACAGUGAUUGUGGACAAUAAUGUUAAGCGACAGACUGUCUCAUCAGCAGAUGAGCAGUUGCUGAAUUAUAACAUCAACAUUUACUUUUUAGGAGACAUUACCAAUGUUUUACAAACACAUAAUCCAUAAGUCAUGAUGAAAAACUUUCAUUCCAACAGAAGCAAUAUGUGUAAACAAGAGAAUAAUAAAAAUAUAUAUGCUCACACUUCACACUGAGUUUCUCCAAGAAGUCUAACAUUUACAACCAUUACAGCUGUUCAUAACUUUACAGUCAAGCAAACAAUAAAAUUCUGAAUUCUGCUAAUGCCCAUUAAAAGAUUACAGUUAAAGUUUAGGAGACUUGUAGAGCCCACUGAUUCUCUUGAAGUAGUUCAGGGGACUGGGGAAUGUUUGAAACUUUGUUAGUGUGUGAAUAAUUGCUGAUCACUUAAAAGAUUUGAUCUGAAUAUCAUUAGAUAAACAAAUAUUUUUAUGAAUUAAACUUCCUUUAUUUGUGUAGUCUGUGUUGCCAUUAAGUAGAUUAAACCUUUGGCAGUUUCGCUGUGAAGUCUAUAUCUGCCUUGAAAGAAACCUUUUAGUUACAUAGUAAUGAGUGUGCAGGUAGUGUUUCAGUGCUAGUGUGACAUUUCUUAGUGCAGGUUUGAUUGUUUACAUGCGUAUGCCUACCCAGCCAUACCCAAAGCAACCAUUCUGCCAAGGAGGGUCGUGUGGAGGAAUUUGCUGAGCUGCAUAAAUAAGCAGAUCUCAUCCACAGUCUUUAACUCUAUACAGUUCAGAGUCUUAUUCUCAAUCACUGAGCAAAUGUGGGGUUUUUUUUGACUGUAAAUCAUAAAUUGGGCUGAGUUAACCAGAUUGCCCUCAUGAUAAUUAAAUAUAAAUAAUUCUUGAACUAAAUUGAACUUUAAGAAUUAGAAAGACACUUGUAGCAUACAUAGUAAUCUAAUAACAUACUUCGUGCAUAAGCCACAGUUUCCUUUUUUGUUUAUAAAAAUAACAAGCUCACCAGUGCUUGCUGUUGAUUUAAUAGCAUGUCGAUUUUAAUGGUUUCUGGCUGGGUAAUUAUUGUGGCCACACAGACAGCUGUCUGUUGAACUGUUUGCGCAGCAUUGUUUUUUAUUUUCUCUUUUUUAAUGGAAAAGUGAGAAAGUUUGAAAGAAAAAAAAUGAGUUUAUAUAUGUGAGAUCUGUUUACACCAAAUAUAUAUAUAAACGAAAGUAACUAUAUGGUUCUCCACAGAACCAAGAGGAUAAGUCCAGCUGCUUUAUUGUCUUUACAUAUUCUUUACAUGGAUUCUUCCCUAUAAAGAUGAUAGCCAUACCUACAAAAGGACCAUCUGCAAAGAUUUAUAUUGUACAUAAUUUAGGCCCACUCUCAUUGUCUUGUGUCAUUUGUCACCAGACUGUUGCUGUGCCUCAACAAAGUUAUUGAAAAUAUUCUUAUGCUUGCCUUUUAAAAAAGACUAAAGGCAAAUAAGCACAAUUAAGCACCAUAAUUGUCUUCAUCAGUGUGUAGUGAAGGUUUACAGUUUUCUGGAGAGUGUGUGUGUGGAUAGCAGCUGAAUACCAUAUUAUAAUCACUCCAAACAUUUUGAAGCUUUGGAUUUAUUUUACCUGAGUGUUCUGGUGUGUUUGAAAGAAUUGUGCAUUUUCUGCCGGGAAGAAAAUGCAUCCGUUUUGGUUCCAGAUAGCUGCUGGGCUGUUGAAAUAUGGGUAGAAUAUUUGAAUGAAAAUGAUCUUUCAAAGUGUGGUAUUGUUUGAAAAGAGACAUUCGAGCAAAAAUUAUUUGAAAUAUUUUAGGUCAGCCUGUCAAACAAAGGGUACAGAGAAGAAUUGGUAAAUAGAUCAUCCACUACUGGGUGCUAUGCAUUAAAUAUAUGUUGUCAUUAUGUCUGGAACAAAUUAGCACUAAACAUUGUACAUCAUAUAAGCACACCUUAAUGGAAAACAUUCUGUUAUUGUACUAUUUAUUCCAGAGUCCCAUGGUGUAGAAAGUCUGCAGCAUUACCAUUGCAUGUUUUGCUAUAAAACAAAAAUAUGAUGUUGAUUUUGAAAUUUGCUAAAUGAGUGCAAAGCACUUAACCAGAAGUACUUACAAAACUACAUAAUAUAAAAUAAGAAAAUCAUGAUUUUGACAGACUGUCACAAUUUACAACUCCAUUUAUACGGAGCUAGUGAACAAUGAUUAGAAUUUCAUUUUGAGAAAACUUGAUGCUGAAACUUUGUGGCAUUAGUACCAUUAAUAGUAAAGAAAAAAUACGCCAAUCAUUUAAAAAUAAAAUCAUUGAAAAAUAAGAUUUCUAGUUUGAGCUCAACAUUCUCUUGGCUAAUGUUAUUUCAAAUCAUAGAAUUGGUCUAUGCUUGUUGCAUCCAACAUCUUAUUGCUAUCAAAGAACAUCUCUGUCCUCGAAGAUUGUGUAUACAUUAGUCAAUUUGCAUGAUGUUUACACAGCAAAUAAUUGUAUACAAGAGUACUUAUUGUUCAGUAUUAUUCUGUAUUCCUUUUACACAUUCUUCACACUUGUCCAUGCAUGGAGAUAUGUAGCUACACACCAUUUGUUAAUUUUUUUAAUUUUUUUUUUUUUUACCAUUGCCACGUAUGUGUUAGUUUUAUCAAGAUUUUGCCAAAAGGUAACUUGAAGCUAAGCUUUACAUUUCCUCAUCCUGGCAUAUGUCUGCACCCUACAUUCGCUGCACAUGUGGCAUGACAGUUGCCCGUACUUUACUGGCUGAAAUAAAUUGUUUGAAAUGGAAAACCAGAACUUUGCCAGUGAUGCAUGGACUGGAGCAAGGUUCUCAUAUGCUGGCAUGCAGUGCCAUUCUAAGCAUUAUGUGUCAUUGCUGUUUUUAUCACAUGAUAUUAAAGUGAUGUUUGAUGUCUGCAGCACUUGUCAUUUUUAUAGUCUAAAUGCUUUCAGACCAGAUAAUAUUUUGCCAUGUUGUUUUAAAAGUAAGUUGAUGUCCUACAUUUCUAGAUAUAUUUUUUUUUGAAACUUAUUUGUCACAUGUGCCAUUUUUUUUAUAUACCUUCCUAUUUACCAAACCCUUCAGUUCAAACAUAAAAAACUUUGACAUAAAUGAUAGUGAAUGUAGAAUUUUGAACUAUGUACCUUUCAGCCAUGAUGAGCCUGUGCAAAGACACUUUGACUUGCACAGUGCUAGCAGUGCUAGCCCAUCUUUUGUACCAGCUGUUACCUAGCUCACAGCUGUGCAAUUACAUCCCUGCUUCUACUAUAACUGCAGGACAGAGUGCUGACUGGGUUUUGUGUCGCUAAGCACAAAACCACAACAAGGAAACUGUCUUGAAAUGAAGUAAAGUGCUCUUUUUUGGCAGAGCUAACUGUGUAUGGCUGUAUUUUCAAUGGCCUUUAUCUUUAUUAGACGCCCAACAAAUAUUGUGUGUUUGGCAUUUUUUUUUUUUUUUAAAUCUUGCAAACGGACUAUUUUGAGAAAUAUGUACUUUUGAUAAAACAUCUGGAUUUUUGUGUUUUAUCAUGUGCUCUCUGGACAGCUGAAUCAUUUUUUUUUUUUAUGUUUGUUUUGGUUCACUUCACAUUAAUUUAAAAUAAUCGUAAAUGCUGCAGCUGCUGAAUGUAACAAUGAAAACAUUGAUAAUGAUGUGCAGUAGAUGAAUCCUGAUGGUUAUAAUUGCAUGACAAUGAUCACAAGAAGCUUAUAAUGACACAAAUCCUGCACAUCAUGUGGCAGACUGAUGAUUAAUAAUCACAAUGACAACAGUUAAUGAUGAUCAUAAUGGAUUAUAAUUAUUAUCAAUUAAAAGAUGCUGAUCAAAGUUAAAUAACUCCUGUCUGUUGCACUGUCUGAUCUUGUUUGUUCUCAUGUAAAAUAAGAAUCAUUACAGAACUAUGGUAAUUAUUUUGUGUUCUUGAUAUUUUCAAGGAGUUGAAAUUGUAAUCUUCAGACAGAAGAACAAAGCCCUUUGCAAUUCAUUGUGUCAAAUCAGGAUAGUCAGCUGUAUGAAGUCUUAACAAGUUCAAGGGUUUUAUUGCUUUAGCUGUGCCGUCUGCAGGCAGUACGGUGUGAAACUCGUAAAAACUGAAUUAUAAAUUUCUUGUGUUCCUCUUGUGAAGUGCAGAGAGUGUUUUUGUGGAAAAGUUAAAGUAAUGUAAUUUCUUUCAUGAGGUGUUUUGUAUCUGUGUGCUGUUGUGAUUUUUUUUAAAGAAUAAUCAUGGUGCCGCUUCUUUCAUAAGGUUUAUGAACGUUGCUUUCUUACAUUUUCUUGAAUCAGUAUCUUAAAAUCUUGUUUUACUUUUUAACUGCAGUUACAAGUUUGCUGUUAUGUAAGCAAUUCUCUGUUUAAUUCAGGAGAAUUGUUGAUCUGUACUUAAAACACAUAAAUAUAGACUUUGGUAGAGCUAUGCCACAUGUCUGUAAAGGAAAUUGUAUAAUUUUAUGUUUUAGGGUGAGUUAAAUUCACAGCAUAUUAUAGAGCAAUGUAAACCAUUAGAUGGUAUCUUGAUGUAAUCAGAUACUGUAUUAAACCUUUCAGAAUGUUGGACAUAGUGCUGUAGUUUAGCCCACUAGUUUAUUUUUACUCACUUCACAUAUUUUCCAGUGUCAUUCUUGUCAAUACAUUAUACCCUACAAAGCACAGUCAUCAUUCCUUGUGCCACAAUGGAAAUUUCCACAGUUCUGUUGUAAGACCAGUCAGAUAGUAAGAUUAUCUAAUUAUUUUUUAAAAAAUAAGUCGUGAGUGGCAGAGCAGAAGGACAGGAAUAUGAAGUCGCUAAUGUGGUUGAACUUCGAUUCUGCUUUUAAAAAGAUAGAUGUGUAUAAUGUACCAGUUGAUUGUAUUUAAAACAAGGCGUAACUGUGGUUAAAGAAAAGAUUAGCAUAACAAGCCGUUGCUUUCACUGAUAAUUAUUUGGGUCCCUUCCUCCAUCAUCCGUUUCUUGCUUGCCUCUUUUUCACAGCUUCGUGUUUUCGUGUCUUCAUGAUCAGCGCACGAUAUUUUAUUUGCGCCAAGAACAUGCCCUAAAUCCUUUGCCCCAUUACAAUCAAUGGAAAAUGACUUUUAGGUUAAAAAAGAAUCUUCAGGAAUGUUUUGAAGGCAAACAGCUCCUCCUAUACCGGGGAAGGAGACAACCGACAAAUCAACGACUGUGAUAAUGCGUGGCGCAAACCUCGAACCAUCCUCUCUAACUUUUCUUCCCCAACCCUUUAGGAGUCUGGCUUUCCUUCACCUUUAUGCAAGGGAAUUAAGUGGGGAGUAGGUUGAUAAAACGAUCAAUGAUUUAAAAAGUACUUUAAUUGUUUGAAACAGGUAUCUAGUCCAUAACAGUUUACUAACCGACUAAAAAAGGAUUUAUUUUCAACUUAAGGUCUUUGCUUGUUACCUUGUUCACUUUUUCCAGGUAUUCUCUCUUCCUGUCGGAACCAAUUUUCUUGCAUUUUUAUUAUACAGGGUUAGUCUAAAGUAUGUUAACACUAAUAGGAAAUGUGGUGUCAUCUAUUUCCCGCGAAAUGUGUGUCCGGUCUUUAUAAAUGUACUGUUACUAUUUGGUUUUUAUAUGUUGAACACGAUGGUGAACAGGUUGAGACCUUCCUGUAAAUCAUCUUGGACAUACGAUGAAUGUUUUGUGAAUAAAUGGUGUCUGCCAUUUAACUGUUUACAUAAUUUUGACUAACCCUAUACUUCCUAAUCCAUCUUUAACAUUUGUGAUGAGCUGAUAGCUUGUACAUUGUUGAAACUGUUAAUUCAAACCAGUUUUUUUCCCCAGACUGGAUAUUUGUUGGUUUUUCUGUUGUGUAACGCCAUGAGUUACUUGUUAGCUGUUACAGUCAUUGUGUUAAAGGGGUAUAACCAUUUUCAACAGUUAAACGUUGUCUGGUUUUAAUUUUAGGAGCAGGUUUUGUUGUCUGAUCUGAUCAGAAUGUUACUGUAACCACAGAAGAGCUAUACUUGAGAUGAAAUUAUCGGAAAUGAUAUGAUUAGUCUACAAACACACCCUUUCAGCAAAAUGCCUUGAAUUUUUAGUGCCUUCCUCUGCUGCUUGUAAUGCUUAAAAAAAAAAACUGUGCCCCUUUGUCAGGGUACCUGACGACCAGUUGUAGUAGCAUAUACACAAUCCAUCUAAGUAGAUGUUUCUUCGUGACUUGCACGUGUUAUGCAGAAUAACAAAACUUAACAACAGCAGCAGAAUGGGAUAUGGGUUUGAGUAAAAUGAAUUUUUGAAAGGACACAUUGUUAUUUCCCAAGCUUCAGCAGUGUGCUGUAUGAACAAAGAUCUGCAGUAAAUCGACUAAAUGAAAAAAUGACAAAUUCGGAAAAUUUAAAGUUUGUUUUUUCAAUGUCACUGGAAAUGUAAUCGUUAUUAUUGAACACGCGUCUGUCUUGAUGACAGUCGAGGCUUUUGUGACAGGAAUCAAAUGUAAAGUAAGGUCAAUGGAGGACCACACGAUAAUUAGGCUGAUAAUGCGCUGUAUGCUGAAUAAUGUUCUGUUGUCUUCACCCGACUUGAUAUCAUACAAGUCUGGGAAACGUUUGAUACUGUUAUUUGUGUAAAUAAAAUAAAUGCAGUUGUUA